UGGGCGUCGCGCAGCCUCACGAAUCAGCUGCGAAGCUGGGAGCCAUCAGAACUCGUUCUUAUCUUCGCUAGAGAAAUUAGGAAUUCCUCCUCGGCACCGACUCUUCAUCCGAGUGCAUCUCACAGAACACGCGCGGCGGAGCGGAAGAACAACAACAGACACAACGAGGGUUCCUCUAGAGACGGUGAAGUGGGGAUCGCAAACUCCGAGGAUCUGUCCGAGCUCGAAGUGUCAUCAAUUCGACGGUCGACAUUCGACAACGAUCGUUGUCUCGAUUUUGGAGCAGCGGACGACUCUUCGCUGGACGCUGAGAACGGAGAUCCCCAACUUCAUAAUCGAAAUUUCCCAUCAUUAUGUCUGCAAGUAAUGCCGAUUUCGCAUCGAUACCCGAAGUUUCUCCGACAGAGGCUACGGCAAAGCUCGUCGAAAUGAAAAAGUCACUGAGGGAAGAUGCGGGAAACAUGAUAGCCAAAACCAUUCCCCGACGAAUCUUCGAGCUGAACGAGGUUCUCGGCAGUCCAGACUUCAAACUGACCUACGACCAGUACGCCUCGCCCGUGAAUGUACCUUCACCACCGGGAACGAAUGAGGAAAAAGAAGCCGGAGAUUCUCAAUUUUUGGCGACGGGCAGAGUCAACGGCACCACGCUUCUCAUGCUCCCUGACGGGGUAAUCCAGAUGAACAAGACACUCGAACGUUUACAUGAGGUCGUCAAGCCUCUCAUAGUUCAGCAGGUCGAUGACUGUAAUCUUCUCAAGAUGUGGAUCCAGCUACUGAUCCCCAAAGUCGAAGACGGGAAUAAUUUCGGCGUUGGAAUCCAGGAAGAGUGCCUUGAACAAGUGACCGCAGUUCAGAAGGAUUCCGCUUCUUACCUCGACCAAGUGACCCGGUACUACAUCUUGCGCGCGAAAUCCGUCUCUAAAGUGGCCAAAUACCCCCACGUGGAAGAUUUCCGCAGAACCGUCGUCGAGUUGGACCAGAAACAGUAUCAUACCGUGACGAUGUUCGUGCGACAGCUUCGAAAUGACUAUUCCCUUCUCCAUGAUAUUUUGACGAAAAACAUGGAAAAGAUCCAAAGACCUCGAAACUCCAACGCGGAGAGCCUUUACUGAGGCGGCCCGAGAGUUUGUCUCGGGGACAAUCAGUCAUUCCUUUCCGCUUCCGAAACGGCACACGGAAAACUCAUAUUAGAUUUCAUUCUUGGACGUCGAGAAUAUUUUAAGACCUUUCCCAUGUCAAUGAUCCCUCUCAAGCAAUGUUAUACUGUGUCAUCGAGCUUUGGGAAUGCCUGAACGGCGGAAAGAAAAAGGAAGGGGAAUCUCGUCGGAGAUACCUGACUCUCUUCAGAUCCCGACGAACACCGGCUCUCCACGGGCGAUCCCUCCCCCUACGCCCGGGCAUCUCGAUCUCCUUCGUUCCUGACGUUGGGGUAAGGGGAUUCAUGAGAGCUGGAGAAUUCCGGACUUCAGGGCCGCUAAUUUUCCCUUUCAAGGCGAGCAAACAUGCAGGAAGAGAGAAGAAUAAAGUCAAUAUAGAUAUGUAUCUUGGAAUUUA